UGCCAUACACACCCAAGAAGCCCAAGAUACUCACGGGCCCAUGUUCAGGUACCGAUUUCAUGUGGACUCCUCACCUGCUUUCGCGUCUGGCCACGCUCUCGACUCGAUGCUCAGCCUCCUGUGCCGAGGUUUGUUUCAAUUGGAGAUAGCGCUGUCGAAAUGUCGAAAUUUGGUGGUGGGGGAGGCUUGGGCACGUCAGCCUCGUUGCUUAGCCAAUCAGAGGCCGCGCACUUCUCCAAAACCAUGUCCCUUGGCCCGGAAAUAAUCGAUAAGAGAACUAGACUGUUUUCGGUAGAGACUUUAGAAUGUCCGAGGUAAGUUUCGACCGCCGACCUUGGUGGUAACGCCACGAAACCCCAAAUUCUGGGGAAUUCAACGAAUGCCAUUGGUGUAUCGGCGUGAACCUUGCUGAGCUCAGCAGGAAAUAUGUGAGGUUUCGCCCUCUGAAGUGUCGGGAGAGCGCAAGAACGAGGUACUUUGGCCGACCCUUCCCGAGCCAGUUCUGGAACUGUUUUCGCCUCGUGCCGGUCGUGGGGCAUUUUCACGGCUCAAGGAGUCAUAUAUACCACGAGGCCCUGCCCCCUCGCAGGGACUUUCUACUGUAUUAUAUAUUUACUCGAUUGCCCAGAUCGAACCCUUUGUUGUUUCUACCGUUUGCUUGUAGAAAUUUAUAUUCACUCGUAUUCCUCAUCUCGCCCUGGAAUACAAUAGCCGCAUCUCAUACCUCUGACAUCAUAUAUACCACCUAUACCCGUGACUCACGCGACCCCAAAAACCUCAAUUAUGGCUUCGAACAAGAUGGCGGCGCCGCCUGCGGAUCUGGCGAAGGAGGACGCGGCUUUUGCUGCUGAGGUUGCCGCUGUUAAGCAGUGGUGGUCGGAUUCGAGAUGGAGGCAGACCAAGAGGCCGUUCACUGCCGAGCAGAUCGUUUCGAAGAGGGGCACAAUCCAAAUCAACUACCCCAGCAACAACCAGUCGAAGAAGCUCUGGAACAUCCUGGAGCAAAGAUUCAAGGAGGGAGAUGCGAGUUACACAUACGGCUGCCUCGAGCCAACGAUGUUGACCCAGAUGGCGAAGUACCUUGAUACCGUCUACGUCUCUGGAUGGCAAUCAUCUUCGACCGCCUCGGCGAGCGACGAGCCCGGCCCAGAUUUGGCUGAUUACCCAUACACCACCGUCCCCAACAAAGUGAACCAGCUCUUCAUGGCACAACUUUUCCACGACCGCAAGCAGCGCGAGGAGCGCUCUACAACCCCCAAGGCUAACCGCGCUGGCGUGGCCAACAUCGAUUACCUCCGCCCAAUCGUUGCUGAUGCCGAUACCGGACACGGUGGUUUGACCGCCGUCAUGAAGCUCACCAAGCUCUUCAUUGAGAAGGGUGCUGCUGGUAUCCACAUUGAGGACCAGGCCCCUGGUACCAAGAAGUGCGGCCACAUGGCCGGUAAGGUCCUGGUCCCAAUCAGCGAGCACAUCAACCGUCUCGUUGCCAUCAGAGCCCAGGCCGAUAUCAUGGGCACUGAUCUCCUCGCCAUUGCCCGCACUGACGCCGAGGCCGCCACCCUGAUCACCACCACCAUCGACCCCCGCGACCACGCCUUCAUCCUCGGCACGACCAACCCCAACCUCCAGCCCGUCAACGAGCUCCUCAUCAAGGCCCUAGAGGCCGGCAAGACCGGCGGCGAGCUCCAAGCCAUCGAGGAUGACUGGAACGCCAAGGCCGGUCUCAAGACCUUCGCCGAGGCCGUCGCCGCCGCCAUCACCGCCACCCAGCGCGCAAACGCCAAGUCCCUCAUCGCCAAGUUCACCCAGGAGUCCAAGGGCAAGAGCAACACCGAGGCCCGCGCCAUCGCCCGCGCCAUCGUCGGCAAGGACGUCUUCUGGGACUGGGACAACCCAAGAACCCGCGAGGGUUACUACCGCAUGCAGGGCGGCAUCGAGUGCGGCAUCAACCGCGCUCUCGCCUACGCCCCAUACGCCGACGCCAUCUGGAUGGAGUCGAAGCUGCCAGACUACAAGCAGGCUGAGGCCUUCGCUAAGGGCGUCCACGCCGUGUACCCCCAGCAGAAGCUCGCGUACAACUUGUCGCCGUCGUUCAACUGGAAGACUGCGAUGCCGCGCGCUGAGCAGGAGACGUACAUCAAGCGUCUUGCUAGCCUCGGUUACUGCUGGCAGUUCAUCACCCUGGCUGGUCUGCACACCACUGCUCUUAUCUCGGAUAAGUUCAGCAGCGCGUACAGCCAGCAGGGCAUGCGUGCGUACGGCGAGUUGGUCCAGGAGCCGGAGAUGGAUGGUGGUGUGGAUGUGGUUAAGCAUCAGAAGUGGUCGGGUGCGAACUAUGCGGAUGAGUUGCUGAAGAUGGUGCAGGGUGGUGUGUCGAGUACGAGUGCUAUGGGUGCUGGUGUUACGGAGGACCAGUUCAAAUGAGUGAUUGUUACGUAGGGUGGAGGAGGAUGACGGGAGUAUUUCUUUUUUAGGCGGCUACCGGCCGUGUACUGCAGGAUAGAUGAGCAUGUAGCAUAUAUUAAAAGGCUGCGUGAUGGGCUGUACUGAAUAUUAUUAAAUUCAUUAUUAAG